AUGGCUCCUGGUUUAAGUCUUGCAGGUGAACUUCACAGGGACGAUGAGCAAUUAGAAAGCAGAUAUCAGAAAGGAGUUCAAUAUCUCUACGAAAAUAGUAAUGGCAUCAUGAACAGAGUUCCAACAAAGUACAUAUUGCCUAUCUCAGAAAGGCCGAAUUCGAGGACCGAAGAUCAUUGCAAUGCAAGAAGCACAAAUCUCAACUUGCCUGUUAUCGAUUGUGCUGAGCUACAAGGGCCCGAUAGAUCCCAAGUUAUUCAAUCCUUAGCAAAAGCUUGCGAGGAAUACGGAUUUUUUCAGUUGGUAAACCAUGGGAUAUCAAGAGAAAUCAUACAGAAUAUGAUCGAUGCAGCAAGAAGAUUUUUCGAGCUUUCUUUUGAUGAGAGAGCAAAGUACAUGUCUUCAGAUAUGUUUGCACCAGUUCGAUAUGGCACAAGUUUCAAUCAAAACAAAGAUAAAGUUUUCUGCUGGAGAGAUUUCUUAAAACUAAGCUGCACUCCCAUCUCAAAUUCUCUCGAAUAUUGGCCAUCUUCUCCUAUAGAUUUCAGGAAGGUAGCUCUUAACUACGCCAAUCAAACUAAAUCCUUGUACCUGAUGUUAAUGGGUGCAAUUCUUGAGAGCCUAGGGUUGUUGGAGGAACCCAUGGAAGAAGCGAAUGGCAAUCCAAUUCUGAAAGAAUUCGAAGAUGGAAGCCAACUCAUGGUGUUAAAUUGCUACCCUCCGUGUCCGGAACCUGACCUAACCCUUGGAAUGCCGGCUCAUUCUGAUUAUGGCUUGCUCACACUUCUUCUCCAAGACGAGGUUAAGGGACUUCAAAUAGAGCAUCAAGGAAACUGGCUCACGGUUGAACCCGUUCCAAACUCCUUUGUUGUUAAUGUUGGUGAUCAUUUGGAGAUAUUUAGCAACGGGAAAUACAAAAGCGUGCUGCAUAGGGUUCUUGUGAAUUCCUCGAACCAUCGAAUAUCUAUUGCCUCAUUGCACAGUCUGCCUUUCGAUUGUGUGGUUCGACCAUCGCCUAAGCUCAUAGAUGAAACCAACCCCAGGCGUUAUAAGGAUACAGAUUUCGCUACAUUUCUUGAAUACAUCUCAUCCCGUGAACCCAAGACCAAGAAUUUCCUGGAAUCCAGGAAAUUGAUGUGA